ACAAGAUCGGGAGCCAGCAAGAAGCGUACGCCGCACGGGUCGCGAGAAUCUCGGCGGUGUUGUCGUUGCCUAAUAUAAUAAAAGAGCGGAAGGCGGAAAACCUCAGUAGAGAUUUUUCCGAGUAGGCGAGCCGAAAUCUGUGCCACAACGGAACGGAUCUGUGCCGAAAAAAGGUAAAAACACUAAAGGCCAACCAAGAAACUCGAUCGAUCCGUCUGUUUAUGGAAUCAAGUGAACCGCAAAGCAAAUUGGAAGUAAAUCGUGCGUGAGCGUCAUGGACUUCAUCGCAAACAUCAUGAAAAGACCUAAGAGCAUCGCCACCACCGGUAUAACCAGCACUCAGCCGGCCGACGUGGAAGCCACAAAAGCUGUCAGUCCUGAUAUUGAUCCUCCCUCGCCAAGGGACAACGAAGGCGUUUCUCUUAUCUCCACCGAUCUGGGCACGCUGCUCGAGUCCGCUUCGGAGGACCUGGAGCGGUUGGAGGAGCAGCACUGCAGUCUGCUUAUGGAGCCCAUUGAACUUCCUAUCGCAACCCCCGCAAACAGCGGUAGCAGUAGGGAAACCAUCCAACAACUUCUUAGCGAGAUAAACGUGAAUCUAAACCAAGUCAGUGCCAACGAGAUGGAGCACUUGCAGGCCAUGAGUGGCGAGCUGAGUCCGCUGGCAGUUAAGCCCACUCCCAAGCCAUCGAGCAUGGAACAGCAGAAGGCUCUGGCCGCUGCCCUGGGCCAUCAGACGGCGGCAACGGGUUGCAUCAAGCUGGAUGUGGACGCGGUACCCAAGUUUGGAGGUCUUCCCGAGUUCGACGAGACGCAAAUACCUGAACUGGCUCCUCUAAGUGCCGAAAUGGAGGCUCAACUGAAAUCUAAUCAUUCGGACUCGGAUGUUUUUGUAGAGUGUUUAUCGCUUCACAGCGAGCGUUAUACGGGGGAUCGGUCCGAGUUGGAGGCCUACUCAAGUGCCCUUAACGAUGUUUUGGAGCAGCAGGUGUCCAUCGCCUCGGCUGCCACACUAGAGAACGACUUCGAAGAUCCUUUGGCGGUCAGCCAGCACAACGACGUUAGCUAUGAAGCCAUGGAUGUGGACGAUAUCAACGAAACCAUGGAAAUGUUAAAGGAUGUCCUAGGUCCCGAGGAUCAUCAGCUUUUACAACAGCAACUCCUCUGCAAAUCCCAGCCAACUCCAGAGAAAUAUCCAGUGCAGAUUCCUGAAUUGCAGAAUCUGGAAAGUAUAGAGUUGUCUUCCGUCAUGCUAGAACAAUUGGAAGAAGCGUCUUCAAAACAACCAGUAAUUACUGAAGAGAUUAAGGAACCAUCUCGACCGACGGACCCCACUUUGUCGGUCUUGCAUUCCCUGCCUCAAAUUGAGAAGACUGAAACACUAGAAAAUGGGCAACAAAACAGGGAGGAACUAUCACAAAACCGGGAGGUUCAUUCAACCCACCCUCCGCCCCUUCAGGAGCAAGUGCCUCCUGGGGAACAAAAACCAGAUCAGGAUCUUCAGCAGCCUGAAGAAAAGGAAAGCGCUCCUCUAGAGUGCCCUGAUCGGGAUCAGCCAACUUCAGUGCUACCAGAAGCCACAAUGGGGACUGGGAUAACGGCAGGUGACCAACCCAGCUGCCUUGGGCAAAAUACAUCCCCAGCCGUGGAGGCCACCGAGUAUGGAGUGACAGAAGAGGAGUUUGAGCCCAUGGAAGUGGAUGUCUCCGUGCGAGUGGAUGAGGCCACAGUGAUAAGGUCUUCUAACCAGCAACAAAUGGAAUCCAGGGCAUCAAUUUCAAACUCCCUUAGCUUGAACGUGAACGAAGAGAAGGAAUCCGUUUCUCCACAUCAGCCAAAUCUGGAUCAUCAAAUAGGCCAGGGAAUGGUGGACCCAGAAGAUCAAAUAAAAAUGGCUGAGUUAGAACCACCAGAAGUAAGAGCCCCAGCAGCUCCUCUUUCGCCGCCCAUACCCACGCUUCAGGCCAAAAGGGAGGAGUUUCCCCUUUCUCCGCCUAUACCUACACAUCGCCCAAAGACAGCCGAGGAGCUGGAGUUCCUGGCUCUAAGGGAGUUGCCCUUGCCGGAUGAUCUUAAUCCAGAGGAGGCCGACACCUUAACUAUGCCGGAAAUGGAACAACCUCUUCGUCACUCGCCAGUAGUAGCUGUCACACCUACGCAGAAGCGAUCCACGACUCCUCUAUCUUUGGAUCUGGGCUCUAACAGCUCCGCCUGCUCCUUUGAACCCACAUCGCCUAGUUUCCCUAUCAAAGGGCCAGCGGAGAAGCCCUCGCACUUUCCUCUAUCUCCGCACGCUCCGCCAGAGCGAAAGGAAAUGCCCUACUUGGAGGAGGCUGUGGUAGAACCCUCUUUGGAUCGCAAGCAAAGCGUUUUUGGAGCCGGAGCCAUUGCUAGGUCUCCAGUGAUCAUCGAGGUAACGCAACCAAGUCCGGAGAAGCAGCAGCAACUCAACGAGACCCUGCCAAUGAGCGAUAAUUCGCCCACACCCUUAAACGGGACAUUUGACAGUGGCAGAAACAUCCAGCACAAAACAGAGGCAGGUACUAAGGAUAUCGAGGGUUCCUCCACGUUUGCUGUCAGUCUUAAAUCUGUUGAUGAUAACCAGAGACGCACGUUUUCGGUGAUCCAGUCCACUGCGUCAGAUGAGGAGGCCAGUUCCCGCGGGAAUUGCACAGCGGAAAAGCAAAAUCCACGUCGAACAUUCAGCGUGGAGCAAAAUGCAUCACCGGCAAUGGAGGCCACCGAGGAUAUAUUGGCGACUGACGACAUGGAUGUGGAUGUCUCCAUGCGUGCGGACGAGAUGAGCGUGACUAGGUCGCCCCAGCAAAAUCGGAAGGAAACCCAAGCACCUGUUUGCAGCUCACCACCGAUUCCCACACAUCAACAUCUAAAAAGACCACCCAUCCACGAGGAUAAUUCUCCAGUUUCGCCAGUGGGAAAUGCUACGGUCAUCCUGGAGGAGCAGGCCCUGUCCGCCAAGGAGCAGGCCACUCUAAGCGCCAGCGAUGAGAAGGACGACGUUUUUAUGGAGCACUUUGGUGCCAUAUCUCCCGUGUCGGAUGACAUGUUCAAGACGCCGCAGUUCACUAGCAGUGGCUUUCAGAACCAGGCCAAGAUGAAGGCCAAUGCUGCUGGAGGUGAAAUGGGGGGAAAAGCAGCUGCUGUGGUAAGCAGACAGAGGGCGUCCACAGCUGCCGAAGAGGAGCCGCUCUUCGAUGCCGAAUUCCAGGAUGGCGCCAGCAACCAAAACUUAAUACUGAACUCAUCAGAUUUCGAUUAUUUGUACACGAAAGGCAGCAAUAAUGCGCCCAUCGAUCGCAGUUCGCUGCUGCUGAAGUUUGACCCGCUCCUUAGAGCCCCUGUUCCCGUUAACCAUCCGAGCCAGCAGGAGCAGGCUGCGCUGAAUAUUCUGGGCGCGAACCCAAACCAGAACAGGCUCCUCAGUCCCACGUUGGAGGAGCACGAAACAAGUGGCGGCAACCAGUCGUUUGGAAUCGCAGCGAGUGCCAAAGACACCGCCAAAAAGUUGGACUUCAAACCGCCUGUGGAUAGGACAAAAAAGCAUGUUAAAAUGAGUGUGGACGUGAUUGACAACGAUUGCAACAAAACCUUCGAUAAUUCCAACCUCAACACUGAGGACAAGACCCAUACCUACAACAACAUGGAUGAGCUGGAGAAGAAAAUCAAAAAUGAAGUAACGAGGUCCGAGGACAUCGAGAAGAAGCUCAAGGAGGGAGAAGCGCGCGAAGAAGCUCUGAUCAAACGCAUCACGGAAAAGGACAAAACAAAUGCUAAACUGAACGGAGUUAUUGAGGCGUAUGAAAAGGCCAUUGCGGAGCUGAUCAGUGAGAAGGAGCAGCAGGCCCAGCUUCACGAGCGGCAAUUGCAGGAAGUGCAGGCUGACCGGGACGCUAACUACCAUCAUCUAACGUCGCUGGAAACGACAUUCUCCGAUCUGCAUGUGAAAUACGAGAAAAGCAAAGAAAUGACAUCGCAGCUCAAGAGCAACGAGGAGUCUCUUUUGGCGGAGCGGAAGCAGAUGAUGGACAAUCUGCGACUGCAGGAGCAGCGCUACGAUAAGAUGAAGAACCAUGCCAUGCAGCAGCUAGAAAUUGCUAACAAAAAGCUGGAUACCUACGCGAGGGAGCACGCGGACGAAACGAAAAAACUGAAAGCUUUACUUAAGAAGGAGGAGGUAUCGCGCGUCUCGAUGACCGAACAGCUGCAGCAGAAGUCGCGUGAGAACGCCGAUCUGCUCAAGAUCUGCGAGGAGCUGAUCUACGGCAAGGGACAAGGUGGUAGUAGUUAAACUCGGCCCGCGGAUGGCCGGAAUGUAUUUUAUAUGUUGCUGUAAAACCGCACACACCCCAUCACAACACUGUCUCAUCCGGAAUGUGGAAGCCAUCUCGUAGCAUGUCCGUAGAUCUGUAACCGCGCCUCUCUCAUCGUCAUCUUCAUCCGCAUCAUGGUGUAAUAACUGCUCGGUUGCGUGCUCUUAACUGAAUAAGAAAAGCACCAUUGUAUAAUUUUGCCAAACCCACUUUUGUUGAAUUUCAAGAUGUACACCUAACGAUUCGACGCAUAUUAUACUUUUUCUAGAUUUUUAGUUGACCCGCAAACACUCACUCACACAAGUCACAGGCAGACCCAUUGCGUUCCGUUCGAGUUCCACUAGCCUUACGGGUCUGGUUGCCCUGCCCGGCAUAUGUUACUAAUUCUCAAUCGUGUCGAAUCUGUCUACUGAUUUAUGUUCUAUGAUAUUACCUGGCGGUGAGUUGUGCCCAAAAACUGUACUGCGUUUAUGGUUUAGCAAUUGGCCAGCGAAGCAAAUCGAUACUGUGUGAUGGCAGCUAAAUCAGCAUACAAACGCAAAUUAUAAAGAAAAGCGUUCGCUUGAGGCGCGCCUUUAUUAAAUGUUUAAGUUUAACUUAGUUUAAUUUUAUUGAAAACUUGUAAUAGUCGUACUAAGAAUAACUCUGUAUUACACACUAGUACUAAAACAAGAAAGCGAAAAAAACAAAAAUGAAACAUUAAAAAUACACGCGAAAAAACUUAUUUAUGCAUAAAAGUACAUUUUCGUUUGCUUCGUUCAGCGCUUGAAUAUUGGUUUGCCCAACACUGGAAGAGGUUGCCUUAUAGGAGAAAUAACUAGUUAAAAGAAGAAGAAGAAAAGAACUAAAAGACCAGUAGUGCAGCUUUAUUAUUUUCGCAAAGCCUUGCAAUUAUGGCUUAGACCUAAUGAACUUUAUUAAUUUGUAUUUAUCAUAACCGAGUUCCAAUUCAUUUUCUGCUAGACAUAUCUAAAAUUUUGGAAUGAGCAGUCUAUCAUUUUUAGGCGAUUUGAAAACUAUACUUUCAAUUGGUUCAAAGUUCAGAGCGAGUUUAAAAAUAGAGCACGAUAGCGGGCGCUGAAGUUUGUAACACUUUAUUGUAGUAAUCUAUUAAAAAAAACACCAUCCAAUGAACCCCUUGAGAACUCUAAAUGAAUUUUACUUCCAUUUAUUACAUUUACUGUACUCUAAGAACAAAAAAUGUUGAUCACUGCAGUGAGAAGUGAAGAAAACAAAGGAGAAUUGUAUACAAAUUUGUACCCAGUCCAUAUAAUCUGAAAAAUGAAAAAUGCUACUUCAUAAUAUAUAACAGCAUAUAUAUAUAUAUUUUUCUAAAGUAGAGAACACAGGCGAAACACCCAGAAAUGCGCUUACGGGAAAGAAUUCUAGGAAACUCCGGAGUAAAUAUUGUAGUUUGACAUUUGAAAACGAAUGGAUAAUAUAUCAAUGCGCUGUAAAAACACAUAAAUAGUAUUAAAGCAUGUCAGCACAUAUGAAUUACGAUGUGCUGAGCAUGUGAUGUACGUAUAGGUGAUCGAACGAGUUGCAUUAAUUAAUAAAUCAAAUAUGUAAUUGAAAUAAGCCCGAAA